AUGUCCGACCGCCCCAACCGACUCACUCCAGAAGACAUCGCCCGAAUGCGGCAGAGUGCGGCAGCUGAUCCAGCUUACAAACCCCGGUCGAGGCCUCAGUCUGCUGCCGCAGGAAGCCAGCACCAGGGCUCUCGAGAGUCCCACACACAGCCUUUACGUCCCGGUCGACCAUCUUCCGAGCCUCCAGAUCACCAUCAACGUCCAUCAAAUGGCCCCUUCAAGCCACCCUUGGAGCCCAUCGCCGACGACUCGCCAAAAAAUCCGCAUCCACCACCAGGAGGAUUCCGACAACCCCCUCAAGGUCCAUCGGCUAAACCUCCUGAGCAUCGUGAUCCCCCAAGGCAUACAACAGGGGGUGGGACUCCAAAGUAUCGCCAGAAUGAGCAGGCUCACCCUCGGCCACCCCACCAAGACUCCGAGGACCAGCGUAGACAGUCUCACUCUCGAACAUCGGGCGAGGCUUUUCACGGUUAUGUUCACCGACACCCGACUCCCGACAGCAACCAGCACAAGAAACCAUCCCCCCCCCGAUCCGAGACCUCCAGUGGCUAUACCAACCAGCCCGACCCUCGUACAAGAUAUGAACACCAACAUACCAAGCAUGGCCAUGGUCAUGAUCCACACCAAUGCCGUGACCACCAGGAGCCCCCCCCUCGUUCUCAUCCUGGAUCCCACUCAAAGCGGGCUCAUCAACCCCCUCCUGAUAAACGGCCUCCUCCUCCAUAUUCAGAGGACAACACCUCAGAAGGCUACUUUAAGCCGCACAACACCCGGCCGCAGACUGAACAUGGCCACCGAUUCCAACCUCCUCCCUUUUCCUCACCAAACACCAUGUUUGGGAUGGGGGCCUUGCUACCACCUGACUCGCUGAAAUGGAUUCUGUGGAUCAUUCUUUCGGUCGGUGCAAUCAUACUCAUCUACUUCUUCGCCAUCAAGUGGAGCAUCAUCGACGUCAAGGACGGCCUCGUCUCUCUGGUCCCUACUAUGAUAUAUGGCACGUUCGGAGCAGUCAAGGAUCUCCUAUAUGCCACUGGAGACAUCUUUUCCGAUGCUGUUUCCGUCACCUAUGGAGGAGUCAAGACUUUUUUCUAUGAAGUCGGAGAAGUGACUUCUGGCAUGCUCGGAGGAGUCUCUAGUGUCACACAUGACGUGCUUGGAGCAGCCGCUGGCUUCGCAUCUUCCGCGUGGGUGGUGGCCUCGGCUGCGUUUGCAUCUCAACAGCAGCGGCCCCGGGGUCCCGCCGUGAUCAAUGUUGCCCCUCUCAACCCCCUCAUUGAUACUUGGGCCCCAGGAAUCCAGGUGGCCCAAUCCAUGGCGAAGCAAGUGGGUAGUUUCCUCAAGGUGGCGGAAGGAAACACGGUCGAGGAUCAGAUGAUCAAGAAGGUGCGUCAGCGCAACGAGGAGUACACAAAAGAACUCGCAUCUACGCUCGCCGACAACUACCUCUGGGUUGAUUUCCUUGUCAAGGAUAUCGAGAAUAAUCCCCUGAGCGUGUCAUGCUGGCCCACCCCGGGCAAUCAGUCGUACUCAUGGUUCGGUGGCUCGAAAGUGUCUCAUUGUCGUCGCAGACUCGUUGAUCAGCUGAAAGGGUUGAGCAAGGCCCUGCAAGAUGCUCACGACUCGCGUUCCAAGUUGUUGAGCAAGGUCCGUGAUCUUCUCGAGACUGACCUGGAAAUGAUCAGGAGCGCUGCCUGUGAACAACGCAAUCAAUACCGAAGCGCAUACUCAAAACGUGUCAAAGAUAUGAAACCAGGUGCUUCUGAUAGAAAGGAGGUGGGUUCUUUCCUCGGUAAAUUGGCCCAGCUUUUUGGUGUUGGUGACUCGACUUGUCGCAUGAUUGAAGCCGAUUAUUCCGCCACAGCAACCAAAUUGAACAUGAUGGAGGAUGAGAUGAAGUUUCUCGGGUCCUCCCUGACAUUGCUUGGUGGUUUAAUCGAGCAAUGGGAAACCAAGGAAGACGAUGCGGCAAGUCAAAAGGCGGCUGACGCCGUGGAGAAGGUGGUGCUAGAUCGAGUCAAGAAGUGGUUGAAGAUGACGGAGGAAUAUCAUCAGGAGUUGUGA